CUGCGCUGCGGGCGGUGCCGGGCAGGUCGCGGCGAUGGCGGCGGUGUAGCCGUGAGCGGGCGGCGCGGGGCCACCAUGAUCAUCGAGAGCGUAGACGCGCUCAAGUCCUGGCUGGCCAAGCUGCUGGAGCCCAUAUGUGAUGCGGACCCCUCAGCCUUGGCCAACUAUGUCGUGGCGUUAGUCAAGAAAGACAAGCCCGAGAAGGAGCUGAAGGCUUUCUGUGCUGACCAGCUGGAUGUGUUCCUGCAGAAAGAAACUUCAGGGUUUGUAGAUAAACUUUUUGAAAGUUUGUACACCAAGAGUUACCUUCCUUCUGCUGAGCCCACAAAGGCAGAGGCAAAGCCUGCAGGGCAAGAGAAAGAAGAAGUCAAGGAGGAGUUGUGUGUUAAGCAGAAUUUUCAAGAGUCUGUUGAAGAAGAGCGGGAGAGCAGGAAGAAGAAAUAUUCCAGUCCCCAGAGGAGCCGUGCAGAUUCCAGUGAGCAAAGAAGCAGGGAGAAAAAGCGUGAUGAUGGGAAGUGGCGGGACUAUGACAGGUACUAUGAUAGGAGUGACUUGUACAGGGAGAAGUCUGGCUGGCGCCGGGGCAGGAGUAAAAGCCGGAGCAAAAGCAGAGGGUUGAGUCGGAGCCGCAGCCGCAGCAGGGGCCGCAGCAAGGACCGGGAUGGCAGCAGGAGCGGGCUAGUUCAGGUCUGUCGGAAAAGUAAGUGGCACAGAUUACAGCAUUCUACGCACCUUGAGACCGCGUUAGUUAAGGGCAGAGAGCACCGAGAGAGAGAGAGAUCAAAAUACAAGAGUGAAAAAAAUGAUGUUGAAGGCUCAUAUAAUCCGGUGUCCGCAUCUCCCAGUAAAUCCUCUGAACAGUAUUCCUCUGCACAAGCUAUUCCCAGUGCUGUAACUGUAGUUGCACCUGCGCACCACCUUGAAAGCACCACAGAGAGCUGGUCAAAUUACUUCAACAAUCACAGCAAUCCCAGUUCAUUUGGCAGAAACCCUCCUCCUAAAAGGAGAUGUCAAGACUAUGAUGAGCGAGGCUAUUGUGUCCUUGGUGACCUCUGUCAGUUUGAUCACGGGAACGAUCCUUUAGUAGUAGACGAAGUUUCCUUGCCGAGCAUGAUCCCGUUCCCGCCGCCGCCGCCGGGGCUGCCACCACCGCCGGGGCUGCUGCUGCCGCCGCUGCCGGGGCCGGUGCGCGGGCUGAGGCUGCCGCUGCCGCAGCCGCACCCGCAGCCCCCGCCGCCCGUCGUGCUGCCCGUCCCGCGACCACCUUUAACACAGUCCAGCCUGAUAAACAGUCGUGACCAGCCAGGGACGAGCGCAGUGCCCAGCCUGGCACCCGUGGGAGCAAGGCUGCCUCCUCCUCUGCCUCAGAACCUGCUCUAUACAGUGUCAGAACAUACAUAUGAGCCAGAUGGCUAUAACCCUGAAGCUCCUAGUAUUACCAGUGCUGGUAGAUCUCAGUAUCGGCAGUUCUUUACGAGAGCACAAAUGCAGCGUCCAAAUCUAAUUGGCCUAACAUCUGGGGAGAUGGAUACAAACCCUCGAGCUGCCAACAUUAUCAUCCAAACUGAGCCUCCCAUUCCCAUUACAAAUAACAGCAGCAAUGUCACGAGAGUUGUUCUGGAACCAGACAGCAGGAAAAGAUCUCCAAGCAGCAUGGAAUGUCCACCAUUGAAGAAACCCUGGUUGGGAAAGCAAGUAAACAACAACCAGAAUAAGCCAGGGUUUUUGAAAAAGAAUCAGUAUACUAAUACAAAAUUAGAAGUUCGAAAAAUUCCACCAGAAUUGAACAAUAUUACACAGCUCAACGAACACUUCAGCAAAUUUGGAACUAUUGUAAACAUUCAGGUUGCUUUCCAGAACGAUCCUGAAGCUGCUCUCAUUCAGUACUUGAGUAACGACGAGGCGAGGAAGGCGAUUUCCAGCACGGAGGCGGUGCUGAGCAAUCGGUUCAUCCGGGUGCUGUGGCACAGGGAGAGCGAGCAGCAGCCCCCACUGCUGCAGCAGCAGCAGGCAGCGCCCGCCCCGCAGGCCCUGCAGCACCUGCAGCAGCAGGCCCUGGCCACGCAGCCCGCCGUGACGGUGCACAGCAGCCUGGCCAAGGUGAUGAACAAACCCCUGGCCUCUGGUGCCUACGUCCUUAACAAAGUCCCGGUGAAAAGACGCCUCGGAGCAGCGGGGGGGAGCCAGCCUGAGCUCAGCCAGCCCGGCGCUGGCGUGGAGGAGUCUCAGGUAUUUCCUACUUCUACAAGCCACUCAAAAAUGGUUUACAGUUCUCCAAACUUGAAGACAACUCUGAAGUCUGGUGCAGGGUCUAAACCUCACGACGUGCAAGAAGUCCUUAAAAAAAAACAGGAGGCAAUGAAACUCCAGCAAGAUAUGAGGAAAAAGAAGCAGGAGAUGUUAGAAAAACAGAUAGAAUGCCAGAAGAUGCUGAUAUCCAAGCUGGAGAAAAACAAGGCCAUGAAACCAGAAGAGAGAGCAGAAAUUAUGAAGACUUUAAAAGAACUAACAGGAAAAAUAUCUCAGUUAAAGGAUGAAUUAAAAACUUCAUCUACAACCUCCACACCAUCCAAGUUGAAGUCCAAGACAGAGGCACAGAAGGAGCUGUUGGACGCAGAGCUGGACUUCCACAAGAGACUGUCCUCUGGAGAGGACACGACCGAACUGCGGAAAAAGCUCAAUCAGCUGCAGGUGGAGGCUGCCCGCUUGGGCAUCCUGCCUGUGGGCCGAGGAAAGGCGGCGGCGCAGGGCCGGGGCCGGGGCCGGGGCCGCGGGGGCCGAGGCCGGGGAGUGCUGAACCACAUGGUGGUGGAUCACCGGCCCAAGGCGCUCACCGUGGGAGGCUUCGUGGAAGAGGAAAAAGAUGAAUUGUUACAGCACUUCUCUAAAUUUGGAGAUAUUGAAGAUCUUCAAGAAGAGGAUUCCCCAUUAAGUGUUGUCGUAACUUUUAAGUCCCGCUCAGAAGCUGAGAAUGCUGCUAACCAGGGAUCCCGCUUCAAGGACCGACGGCUCCAGAUCUCCUGGCACAAACCCAAGGUACCUUCUGUGUCCACAGAAGUUGAGGAAGAGGAGUCCAAGGAAGAGGAGACCGAAACCUCAGAUUUAUUUUUGCACGAAGAUGAUGACGAUGAUGAUGAAGAUGAGGAUGAAUCCCGUUCUUGGAGAAGAUGAAACUUGAUGUUCGAAGUGUAUAAUUUUAGGAAUAUAGUUCAAACUACAUCUUUUAAACAUUUAUUUAAGGAAGUUGAUGAGCCAAAAAGAGCUUUACUUUCUUUUCAAACCACAAGAUUUACUAUGAGCAGUUUGGUAUGAAAGCAUUUGGGACACAGAGCUGUGAGACUGAGCUAGCCAAAGGCCCAAGAACUUCUUACAGGAUUAUCAAGAUCACCAGGGUGGUGAUUUUUUUCUAUUUAAGAAGGAUUAAAAAGGUGG